AUGACUGAAGCUCAGUUCCCAUACGAGAUUACCUCCUGGCCCGUGGAAAGUCUCAUUGAUUCGUAUAUGGGACAAUACGACGAGCUCGGCCAGCACCCUUUCAUUGCCAGUGACUUUCCUCUAACAAUGCAGGAUGGAUUGGAUCCUUCCUGGGCUGCCGAGGAAUUCAACUGGGUGAAUGAAUACCCGGUUAAAUCAACCACAUUUCAACCAUAUCCCCAAAUGUGGUAUGACGCCGGCCUGGUCAGACAGGAUUGUGGGAUGAAAAGCGAUACUACAAGUUUCUCACUCCACCAAUCAACCUCCUUCCAAACCACCGAGAAUCCCCCGAUCCAUCCCCGCCCAGAUCACCAACUCGCAACACAAAGAGCCCUCUUCAUGACUCCAUCCCCAAAUACCCUAUUCCCCUUCCCCGGAUCUCCCACCUCAGAUCCCCACGGGUCCCCAGACUCCAGCCACGCUUCGUCGCGGGGGUGGGAAGGGGAAGCCGAGCACGAAGAUUCCCACAAGUUCGAUUUCGGGCCGGCAGUAGACGCCCAAUAUCAGGCUCCUGGUCAGACCCACACCGUCCGCUCCCCAUACCCAAGAAAAGACGAAUGUCUCACACCACUCGAGAUGCCAGAUGGAAGUACCCGCAUGACAUCAAACUGGCUACCCGUGGACCCUGACGCGGGGUUCGCGAUUGGUUCGGCCAUGAUGAAUGAGGAUGUAGCUGCGUUUCAGGAUGUGAAGCACGCUUUCUUUCCGUCUGCCCCCGCGGCUUGGUCGUAUGACCCUUGA